AUGGUAUUGGAGAUUAUGGUUGCUAACUCUUUUACUUCUGUACAACCAGCUUGUCACGAGGAUGAAAGCUUUGCCUUGAUGCAGUUCAAGGAUAGCUUUGCCAUUCACAAAUCUGCUUCUCUAUGUGAUCCCAAGGUUCUACAAUGGAAAUCUCAUGGAGUAAAUUCAAACAAUUGCUGCUCAUGGGAUGGAGUCCAAUGUGAUGGCAAGACUGGUCAUGUGAUUGGACUCGAUCUUAGUAGUAGCUGUUUAUCUGGCUCUAUAAACUCCAAUAGCACCCUUUUCAAUCUUGUUCAUCUUCAAAGCUUGAACCUCGCUGGUAAUAACUUCAAUUACUUUGAAAUUCGUGUUUCUGUUGGUCAACUUAUGAGCCUCACUUAUCUCAACCUUUCUGGCUCUGCUUUUUCGGGACAAAUUCCUUUAGAAAUUUCAAACCUGUUUAAGCUAUCACACCUUGACCUGUCUUUCAACUAUGAUGAAAUUGCCAGAACGAAGCUUUUGAAACUUCAAAGUCCCAAUAUGAGUACCCUGCUACAGAAUUUGACUAGCUUGGAAGUACUCGAUCUCAGUGAAGUAGAGAUAUCAUCCAUGGUACCUGAUUUUCUUGCAAAUUUUACUUCUUUCACAUCUAUAAUUCUUUAUGAUUAUGGGCUGAAGGGUGAAUUUCCUGCAGCCAUUUUUCAGUUGCCAAAUCUAAGAAUUCUAGAUGUAGGUGCCAAUGGCAAUCUCAAGGGUUGUUUUCCUAAAUUCCACAAUAAAAGUCCUCUUAGAGAAUUGAGACUUGGUGGAAGUGGUUUUUCUGGAAGCGUACCUUCUUCAAUCUAA